UUGUAAUAAUUUUAAUUAGCCGUCUCGGCUGGGGUUAUUACAGUGUGUGUUCUAAAAUGGUUCAUUGAUAAUUUUAAAUUGAAGUACUCUGGGAAAAGCUUAGAAAAGCACCGACACAAGAGGUUGCCUUUGGGUUCUGGCAUCAUUUUAAUUAUAGAUAUAAAUCGCAACCGGCUUUGCCACUAGCAGCGAUGGGGUCUAAAUGGACCGAUGAGUCCGCAAUUUUGCGGGACUUAUCGUUUGCCCAAGGUCGCUGGGUGCCGGGCGGGAUCGACUCUGCGGUCGCCGGCGCGAAUCCACCAGCCCACAACAUUACAGAAGAGACAGAGGAGGAAUACUAUCGGCACUGGACGUCUUUGGACCCGGGAGGCACUGGAGACUUCAGCUCCGGCCCGGACUUGUACCAGAUAAAGACUAUGCUGGAACUGAUGCAAGGUGAAGAUCCUCCCAAUGAAGAGUGUUUCUCCGGUCCCAUUGAGAUUAGAAAAAUAAAUCCCCAAGCACCCACCUUCAUUUCAAAAAUGAAAUACAAAGAAAAUAAGCCCCCUAACAAACCCCGGCGGGCUCGUAACGUCGCCAUAGCGUCAAUAAUGGCUUUAACUCUAUCUCAAGAGCCUGUUAAACUAGUCAAGCCGGAGGACUUCAUUAAGCCGAGUAAGGAAGAUGAGGAGAUUAGAGAGAGAAGGAAGGAUUCAGUGAAUAAAGUUACGAAUUGGUUGCAGUCGCAAGAUAUCACAUCUAUGUUUAAGAGGAAGUCUUCGGUGAAUUCUUUUAAGGAGGAGAAAAGUACCAGCAUAAAAGACAAGUCACCCGUCCACUCCAAUGACAGUGCAAAAUCUCCAGCCGGGCAAGGAAGUGUAAAGUCUCCGCCCGGGCAAGCAAGCACAAAGUCCCCAAACGGGCAGUACACCCCGUCUCUCUGGGCUGAAGAGUACUACAGGAAGGCUGUGAACAGAAGUCGCGUGCGGGAUCUGGUGCAGGAGGAUGUGUGGGGCCGGGCUGAGCGGGCCAUGAAAGAGAUUGAUACUAGGAAAGAAGAACUCAGAAAGCAAGAAGCAGCGGCGGAGCUGGCGGCUGAGAUCGCGCGCCAAUGCGAGGCGUUAGAAACCAUGACGCUAGCAGACCCGGGUACGGGUGAAAAUGAAAACACGACCACAUCGAUCAAUGACGCUGACGAGGAUGAAGCUGAAGGUAUAGCCAAAGUACUGCUCCCGAGCAGCCGCCACGAGCUAUAUCCCAGAGACUCCUGUAUCGUCUGCAAAGUGAUGGCCGCUCCGCACUCACAAGACAAUACUUCUGAAUCUGAGUCUAGUUCAGGGGUCGGGAAAGCGCGGCGCGCGAGCCCCAUGCGGCUGUUUGAAGUAACAAUUGCGGCUCUUCGAGCCGAGAAUACUUAAGAGCCAGCAGGAGGGGUCAUUUCUCCAUGGGCCGAUCUGAUGAUGGAGACAGGAGGUUACCAUGGGAACCCUGUAAUAAAACAACACAAACUAACUGUUUGGGGAUUUAAAAUUGUCGCGAUAUGAAAAGAAAAGUACAGUCAACGGUAAAAGCUUGUACCAAAAAUGUUUUUUUCCCAAAAACUAAUUUUAAUGUUAUGGUUCUCCCAAGAUACAGGCUCGGCCUAGUUUGGGGACUACUGUCAAUUUGUUUUGAUGUAAU